AUGCAGACCGAGAAUCUGGUUUCAUCUCUGCAAACUGAUUUGUUGAAGUCUUCGGGAACAUUUUGUAUUCUUGUUGGUGUAACAGGAAGUGUUGCAGCUUUGAAACUGCCCGUUUUGAUCUCCCAGCUUCUUCAGCUCCCGAGCGUGGAUGCACGGGUGGUCACUACAGAGCAUGCCAAACACUUUUACGAUCCUGCAGAGGUGUCAGUAAAAAUUUACAGUGAAAAGGAUGAGUGGGAGCUUUGGACACAGAGAUCUGACCCUGUGCUGCACAUCGAGCUAAGGCGAUGGGCAGACCUACUAAUCAUUGCCCCCCUUGAUGCCAACACCCUGGGAAAGAUUGCUUCUGGCAUUUGUGACAAUAUCCUGACCUGUGUGGUAAGAGCUUGGGAUAUCAGUCGACCUCUUGUCUUCUGCCCUGCUAUGAAUACAGCUAUGUGGCAGCAUCCCAUUACAGCCCAGCAGGUAUCCAGGCUCAAAGAGUUUGGAUAUGUGGAGAUUCCCUGUAUUACUAAAAAGCUAGUCUGUGGAGAUGAAGGUAAAGGCGCCAUGGCUGAGGUAUCAACCAUCAUCAGCGUUGUCAAACAAUAUCUGCAGAAACCAGAACAAACAUGAAGACUGGGUCGCUUUGUACAGACUUGCUGACACCAAAGAGCAGAACAAAUUAAACAUUAACCUUCACACUUCGCA